AUGGUGUCCCUGCGAUGGAGGCGUCCAGAGCAGACGUCCACAAGUGAGUCGAGACGAACAAACUCGCAGGGGGCCCAGACUGCCUUUCUCCAGAAGGGCAACCUCCAAUAUGCCGUCGAAAAAGCCGAGAACAACAGCAAUGUAUCCUAUCAAGAAGUCUCAGGUGCACCGGUCGAGACACGUUCAACCUUGGGAUACCAUGUCGGGCCGAUCACGAUCAUUUUCCUCAACUUGUCCAAGAUGGUGGGCACCGGGGUGUAUUCGACGCCAGCGUCCAUUCUCAAAGGUACUGGCAGCGUGGGACUGUCGCUCAUCUAUUGGUUCAUUGGGUUCUUGAUGGCAGCCUCCGGCCUUUCGGUCUACCUUGAAUAUGCGGCAUACUUCCCCAAUCGGUCGGGCAGUGAGGUCGUAUACCUGGAGCAAGCGUACCCCCGACCUCGCUACCUGUUUCCAAUCACCUUCGCCGUCCAGACCGUACUGCUGUCUUUCAGCUCGUCCAACGCCAUCGUGCUGGCUCAGUAUCUUUUCCGCAUCAACGGCCACGACCCGUCAGCGUGGCAGCUCAAGGGAGUCGCUAUCGGAGCGUACACCUUGGCGUUCCUUUUCGUGGCUUUCAAUACAAGAUUCUCCUAUUUCCUCUCCAACGCCAUUGGGUUCGUCAAAGUCGCCACUUUGGUCUUCGUUGCGAUAACCGGACUGGUGGUCUUGGGUGGUCACACGCGAGUCGAGGAUCCGCACGCCAAUUUCCGCAACGCUUUCGAAUCGAGCACUGGCACAACGCCUUAUGGCAUAACCAACGCUCUGGUCAAGAUUGUGUUCUCGUACGCGGGCUACGAGAAUGCUUUCAACGUGGUCAACGAGGUCAAAAACCCGGUCCGCUCGAUUCGUACUGCCGGUUCCAUCUCGCUGUUUUGUGUCGCAGCGCUGUACAUGCUUGCCAACAUUGCAUAUUUUGCGGCAGUGCCCAAGGAAGAGCUGGUCAAGUCGACUCAGGUCGCUGCAAGCUUGUUCUUCCAGCAUGUCUUUGGACAGAGCGGUGCAGUCAGAGGGCUGAAUUUCCUUAUCGCGUUGAGCGCGUUCGGCAACUUGCUUGCUGUUCUGUUGGGCCAGAGCAGGUUGAUCAGAGAAUGCGGCCGUCAGGGCGCACUUCCAUUUGCAUCCUUCUGGGUUUCGACGCGACCAUUCGGGACCCCGCUCGGUCCGUACUUCGUCAAAUGGGCGAUGACAAUGUUGACGAUUCUGGCGCCCCCGGCAGGGGACGCCUUCAACUUCGUUGUUGACCUGGCCAACUACCCGGCUUCCCUUUUCGCCUUCCUGAUGGCCGUUGGGUUAUAUUUGGUGCGCUGGCGGCGCAAGAAGCUCGGCAUGCAACCCCCGUCUUCGAAGGAAGGCGGUUUCAGGGCCUGGCACGUGGCAAUAUUGUUUACCAUUGCAGUCAACUUGUUCAUGCUCGUGAUGCCAUGGUAUCCUCCAGCAACUGGCGCCACCGGCGGCGACGUCAGUUUCUGGUAUGGAACUUACGUCGUGACCGGCAUUGGAAUCAUCAUUGCUUGCUUUGUCUACUACGCCUUUUGGUUGUGGAUCUUACCUCGUUUCCGCGGUUAUAGGAUUCGCCAUGAGAAGUUGGUUCUUGAGGGUGGUGAAGUGACACACAAGCUCGUAAAGGUUCCAGUCGACCAGCUGGAGCAUUGGGAUGCGACUCAUGACGCAUACGGUGCCGAAAUCAGCCGAGACGGCUCCAGCGACGAGGAUGGUCUUGCUGCGAGGCCCCCAGAAAAAUUGACCGAGUUCGCGGAGAAGUGA